CUCCAGAACACACGUGUGUACCAGAGCGUCUGUCGCUGCUAGCGUGUCACACGGACACAAUCAUAUAUUUAUGCUUUAUUAAACUGUAAAUAUCUGCCUUAUGUAGAUACAUUUGUAAAUGUAUAGUAUAUAAGAAUACAUCUUUCUAUAUAGCGUCGCCUGUUUUAAUAAGGAGUGUGUAGAGUUAGUUCUGUGAGUGCAGCACGAAGAUGUUUGCAGAUCUGGAUCUGAUCAGAACUAUCGAUGAUAAUGAUGAAGUUCCCGAGGAUCCGGACUCGGAGUCCGACGAUGAAGCCGAGCAGCCCAUCGUGUUGAGCAAGGAGAAGCGCGCUCUGAAGGGCCGAGGCGCCGGAGACUUCAGCGCAGAUUUUGAGUUCGGCGAGCGAGAUGGACUUUACAGCGAGGACUGGGCCAUGGCGGACGUGAUGGCGCAGCUCAAGAAGAGGAAAGCACCUACUACUUUGGAUGAAAAGAUCGAGAAAGUGCGUAAAAAGCGCAAGAUUGAGGAAAAAACUCAAAAAGAAAGCAAGAAAACGGAAGCUUCGGCGUCUAAACCAGAAAACGGCGAAGAGGAUGAAGAGGCUGAGACGGAGGAGGAGGAGGAUGGAGAUGAUGAAGAGGACGAAGAGGUGGAUGAAGACGAGUUCUCAUCAGGAGAUGAGAAGGUGCUCAAAAAAGCAGACACUUUGAGAGAAAAACAGAAGAAAGGCAAGAGGAAAGCAGCCGAAGCUCCCGAAGAGUUCUUUGAAGACGCCUCGCGGUUUGAUGAGAACCUGACCUUCCAGGACAUGAAUCUGUCCAGACCUUUACUGAAGGCCAUCACCACGAUGGGCUUUAAGCAGCCCACUCCCAUCCAGAAAGCCUGCGUUCCCGUGGGGCUGCUGGGAAAAGACGUGUGUGCGUGCGCAGCGACCGGCACCGGUAAGACGGCGGCCUUCAUGCUGCCCGUCCUGGAGCGUCUGAUCUACAAGCCGAGGGAGACGCAGGUGACCCGUGUGCUGGUUCUGGUGCCGACCAGAGAGCUGGGCAUCCAGGUGCACAGCGUCGCCCGUCAGCUGGCUCAGUUCACCACCAUCAGCACCUGCCUGGCCGUGGGCGGACUGGACCUGAAGUCUCAGGAGGCGGCGCUGAGAGCGGGUCCGGACAUCUUGAUCGCCACACCGGGACGCCUGAUCGACCAUCUCCACAACACGCCCUCGUUUGAGCUCAGUCAGAUCGAGAUCCUCAUCUUGGACGAGGCCGACCGGAUGCUGGACGAGUACUUCGAGGAGCAGAUGAAGGAGAUCAUCAGGAUGUGCUCCUAUCAGAGACAGACCAUGCUGUUCUCAGCCACCAUGAGCGAGGAGGUGAAGGAUCUGGCGUCUGUGUCUCUGAAGCAGCCGGUGAGGAUCUUUGUGAACAGUAACACAGAUGUGGCGCCGUAUCUCAGACAAGAGUUUGUGAGGAUCAGACCCAAUAAAGAAGGAGACAGAGAGGCUAUUGUCGCAGCUCUCCUGACCAGAACGUUUCAGGAUCACGUGAUGCUCUUCACUCAGACGAAGAAGCAGGCUCACCGCAUGCACAUCCUGCUGGGCCUGAUGGGGUUAAAGGUCGGCGAGCUUCACGGGAACCUGUCUCAGACGCAGAGGUUGGAGAGUCUGAAGCGCUUCAAGGACGAGCAGAUCGACGUUCUGGUGGCUACGGACGUGGCCGCCAGAGGUCUGGACAUCGAGGGAGUCAAAACGGUGAUAAACUUCACCAUGCCCAACACCGUCAAGCAUUACGUGCACAGAGUGGGCCGGACAGCUCGAGCCGGGAAGGUGGGGCGCUCCGUGUCUCUCGUGGGCGAGACCGAGAGGAAGAUGCUGAAGGAGAUCGUUAAACAAGCCAAGACGACCGUCAAAGCUCGAGUCGUUCCUCAAGAGGUCAUCCUGAAGUUUCGGGACCUGAUCGAGAAGCUGGAGAAGGACGUGUAUGCCGUGCUGCGCUUGGAGAGGGAGGAGAAGGAAAUGGCUCAUUCGGAGGCGCAGGUCUGUGUGCUUCAAACAUGUGUGAGAAAGAAAGAUCGCAUGGCAAAAGUGCUGCAGGAUUUUGAUUUGGCUCUGAGAGGAAAGAAGAAACGUGCACAGUUCCUGAAAGAGGGAAAGAAGAAAGAGUUAACGGUGAGAUGGUUUCAUCAAGCUCUCUUCUUUUGCCUGGUGUAUGUGUGUGUGUGCGCCAAACGUGACCGCAAGCAGAAGAGAGUCCGAGCCAUUCCUGAAGAAGAGCCCGUGAAGAAAGUUUCCAAAGACAAGGGCGGCAAAAAGAAGUCGGUGUUCGAUAAGGAGCUCACGAACACCAGCAAGAAAACUCUGAAGCAGUACAGAGCCGGGCCGUCCUUCGAGGACAGGAAGAGACUCGGCGUUCAAAGCAAGAAGGGAGGACGCUUCAAGUCCAAGUCUAGGUACAGCAGAAAGUGAAGCCGUGCCUGAUGUAUACGAAGACUUAAUCAUUGAACCUUUCUAAUAAACCUCUACAGCUUGUACUUUUA